AUGACGUGGUACAAGAGUCUGCCCGAUGAAUCCAUCACGUCGUGGAAAGUGCUCGGAAAGCUUUUCUCCAGGCACUUCAUGGCCUCCCGCAGACAUCCGAAGUCGGAAGCUUCCCUAGAAGUCAUCGUCCAAGGGAAAGACGAAUCGCUUCGGGCCUACAUAGAAAGAUUCAACAAAGAAGUCGUGCAGGUGUCCACAAUCACCCAUAUGAAGAAGUUUCUGCUCGAACGAGGUCUCCGACCGCGUUCAGAUUUUGCCAAAGCCGUCGGGAUCGAGACGCAUGUCACUCUGGAAGAAUUUUUCCUCAAGGCCCAAGCAUACAUACAGUACGAGGAAAAAGAAGCUGCCCACGCAGUCCGUAACUCCAGGCAGGAAGAAAAUACUAAAGGCGCCCGUCAAGACGAUUCUCGCUCGGGAUCCGACAAAAAGAAAGAUAAAGGUCGAGAUUCUAAGAACUACAAAGCCCUAGCGGGGAAAUUCCGGGAGUAA